GGGAGUCCGCGAGGCAUGGCGGCUGCCUGGUCACGUGUGGGCGUGGUCACGUGCUCCGACGCCAUCACUUGCGGGCCUCACAGCCGCCACAUGCCACCAGCUCCAGGCCUCAUGGCCGCCGCGCUGCGCAGUGGGGGUGCUGGGUCUGUAGCCUCGAGGCGCUGGGUCCUCAGCCUCCGGGUCACGCUGCUUCUGCUGCUGCUCUCGCCGCCCCUGAACUCGGGUUACACAGAGGACAGCACCAGACAAGGUGGGUCAGAUUGUGGUAAACCCUGGUGGGCAGAUGAUUUUGCCAAGACCCGCCACUGGCCCUGGGAGGUGAGCCUGCGGAUGGAAAAUGAGCACAUGUGUGGAGGGGCCCUUAUUGACUCCAGCUGGGUGGUGACUGCUGCCCACUGCAUCCAAGGCACCCAGGAGUACUCGGUGAUGGUAGGCUCCUCCAAGCUGCAGCCUGUGUCUCCUAGCAUGGCACUCUGGGUGCCCGUGAAGGACAUCAUCAUGCACCCCAGGUACUGGGGUCGAACCUUCAUCAUCGGCGAUGUUGCCCUGCUCCGUCUUCGCACUCCUGUCACCUUCAGCAAGUAUGUGCAGCCCAUCUGCCUCCCGGAACCCAACUUCAGCGUGAAGGUUGGGACACAGUGCUGGGUGACUGGCUGGAGCCAGGUCAAGCAGCGCUUCUCAGCCAACACCACACUGACUUCAGAGCUGCAGGAGGCCGAGGUGUUCAUCAUCGACAAUAAGAGGUGUGACCGGAUUUACCACAGGAAGUCCUUGUACCCCCGCAUUGUGCCCCUUGUCCUGGGCGACAUGAUCUGUGCCACCAACUAUGGGGAAAACUUGUGCUAUGGUGACUCCGGGGGGCCGCUGGCUUGCGAAGUGGAGGGCAGAUGGAUUCUUGCUGGGGUCUUGUCCUGGGAGAAGGCCUGUGCCAGAGCCCAGAAUCCAGGCGUGUACACCCGUGUCACCAGAUACACCAGCUGGAUCAAGAAGCAGAUGAGCAGGGGGACUCUCUCAGGUGCCCGCACCUCCCCCUGGCUCCUACUCCUGUCCUGGCUGCUGCGGCCCCCGCUGGGCCUCUGACUGCUUUCCCCUUCCUCUUCCUGCCCAGCCUCUGCUGAAUGGCACCAGAUGGACUCGGGCCAAGUGUCCACACUCACCAAGAGUCAGGGCAGGGAAGGAGUGGCCCUGGGAGCUGGGGCCCUUCUCUGGUGUCCCAGCAGAAAGGGGUGUGGUGGCUGACUGGGCCCUGGGUAACCAGGAAGAGGGAAGUGUGGCCUAGAAGGUUGUAGAAAGGGCAACCAGGAUGGCAGGCAUUAAAUUUGUGCAAACAAA